AUGCACAACAAUAGUUAUAUAGAAAAAGACAAUUUUAUAUGUUUAAAUAAUAAUGAUACCAACCAUAUAAUAAAAAACGGCACCAGCCAUAAUAUUAGUAAUACGUCUACAGGUGUUUCCACCCCUAUUAGCCAGGAUAAUGUCAUUUGCAAUAAUAGCAAUAGUAGCAAUGACAAUAGUAACAAUAUCAGCCUGAACGGCAAUAAAAAAAGUAGUAGCAAUGGCAAUAGUAACAAUAUCAACCUGAACGGCAAUAAAAAAAGUAGUAGCAAUGGCAAUAGUAACAAUAUCAACCUGAACGGCAAUAAAAAAAGUAGUAGCAAUGGCAAUAGUAACAAUAUCAACCUGAACGGCAAUAAAAAAAGUAGUAGCAAUGGCAAUAGUAACAAUAUCAACCUGAACGGCAAUAAAAAAAGUAGUAGUAGCAAUGACAAUAGUAACAAUAUCAGCCUGAACGGCAAUAAAAAGGGUAGUAGUAGCAAUAACAUCAAUUUGAAAAGAGGAGAUGAAAUAAGCAAAAAUCCAUGUUUAUUCAUUUAUGACAAUUUAAUAUUAAAAAAAAAAAAUGAGAAAGUGCAAAAACUUAUAAAAAAAUUGUCUAUAAAUGCCUUCAAUUUAUAUUUUCCAAAAAGCUCAAAUAUCUACAACCAAAUGCCUAUGGUUUUGUCUCUGUUAAAUGGCGAUGUCGAUGACGUUUUAAUUUCCCUGAAAUAUUUGAUUGAUUAUUUUGAUAAAAUAAAUUUUUUGAUAGUAAACAUUUUAAAUAAAUUAAAAAAAAAAAAAAAAAUAAUAAAUAAUCAAGUUAUUACACAUUUAAUUGAUUUUAUACUAAACAAACUCUGUGAGAAAAACAUAAACUAUAAGUACAGUAAAACAAAUAUUUUAGACUUUUACGAUAAUUUGAUGUGUCCUGGGACGUCCUUUUUUGAAUCUGGAAUAAAGAGUGAGGCUAUUAAUCUAAAAGAUCUGAGGCUUAUUUAUUUUUACAAGCAUGAUAUAAAAAUCAAAAAAGAAAAAAGUUUUAUUAAAAAGAAAAGUAUAGAUAUAAAUGAUAAUGAAGAAGAUAUAUUAUUAAAUAAUUAUUUUAUAGACAAAGAUAGAAAUAUUCAUGAUUUUGUUAUAAAAAAUAAUGAAAAUAAAUUAAAUUAUAAUAAAUAUUUAAAAAAAAAAAAACAUAUAUUAACUGGUGAAAUACCAACACCAAAUAUAUAUAUAGGUAUAAAUGAAUAUUUUAAUGAAAAAUCCAUAUUUGAUUUUGAUUAUUUUGAUAAUUUUGAUAAUUUUGAUAAUUUUGACAAUUUUGACAAUUUUUCAAAAAAAAAUAAACACCCUAAUGAUAUAAAUAAAUAUAUUAGGAAAUAUAUAAAAAACAAAACAAAAUGUACCCAAAAUGAAAAUAAUAUUUGCAAUUGCAUUACCAAUAUUAUUGUAAGUAUAGACAAUGAUGCAAAACUUCGGAACCAUGUUAGUGCAGCAAAAAAUGAAACAAAAAAUAUUAAAAAUAUUUUAAUUAAAAUAAGGAAAAUUGAAAAUUUGGUGGAUAGAAUAAUUAAAUAUGACCAUGAAAACCAAAUUAUAUAUAGCCCUGACGAGGAAGAGGAAUCAGAAAAAUCGGAAUCGGAGAAAUCGGAAAAAUCGGAGAAAUCAGAAAAAUCAGAAAAAUCGGAAAAAUCGGAAAAAUCGGAGAAAUCAGAAAAAUCAGAAAAAUCGGAAAAAUCGGAAAAACCGAACGACGAACAUGGGGAUAUAAAAUCGAAGGGAGACAUUUUUGAUUUUGAAAAAUCUGACAAUUUCAAUUUUAGUAACAAUAAAAUCAGUGUCCAUGAAAAAUUUGAAGAAAAAAAUGAUGAGGAUGUAAUGGUAGAAACAGAUUUGAAUGAUGACAACACAUUAGAUAAAUACAGUAAAAUAAUGGAACCUAAUCAAGAGAUGCAUAAAGAAAAAAGAAUAAGAGAUGAAAAUGAUAAUAAUGAAGUUGUCAAAAUUUGUAGAGAAAUAUGUGGUGAGAAUCUUAAAAUAGAGAAUAAUGAUACAGAUAAAGAGGUUGAAGAUUUUGAUAAAAUAAAUUUAAAAGAAAAAGAAAAUAACCUAAUAAAUUGUUGCAUAAAAAAUGAAAGUACCAAACAGUGUUUAAAUAAAUAUAACGACACUCUUAAAAGGACCUUUUCUGAAAUAUAUUCUUCCGAAGAAAAAAAACAAAUGAAAAAACAAAAAACAAUAGACAGUUGCGAUAAUGAUAAUGAUAAUGAUAAUGAUAAUGGAAGUGAUGAAAGCAUAAAAACAUAUUAUUGGGAAAAUCUCGAUUUUAAUUGUGUUUUUUUGGGAAGUAUAAAAAAAGGUACAUGUAGACACAAAUCCCUUCUUUUUAAAGUUCUAUGUGACGCUGUGGGAAUUCCCUGUAGAUUUAUUCGUUAUGUUAAAAAUGGACAAGUUCAAUAUUACAACCUUGUACUAAUUCCGUCUAUUCCUGCUCAAAAUAUCGUUGAAAUUAUUAUUCCAAUUUUUUGGGAUAAAAGAAUAAAAACCAAAUCAAAUAUUAGUGGAUACAACAAAAUAUCUAUUUCAAGUUUUUUAAACAAUAUAAAAAUGAAAUUUAGCAAUAUAGAUAACUUUUUUCUGAGAACCUGGGAAAAUAGCACUGAAUUUAUAAAUAUAGAUGAUUAUUUUACACUAAACAAAAAACUCGGAAUAGGUGGUUUUGGCGAAGUAUGGAGUGUAUCAUUAAAGAACGAAAUUGAAGACAAUAGUUCUUUUUUUUUUUUUAGUAUAAAAAAAACUUCUCAUUUAGCUUUAAAAAUUAUGGAUAUAAACGAAUUUAAUUUGAAUGAAUCUAUUAUUAUGAGAGAAAAGGCACAUACAAAUGUGAUUAAUUUUUAUUGUGUAUUUAAAGGCUAUCAACUAUUAACAAAUAGACAACAUGAAAAAGAGAGAAAAGAAUCUUUUUGUUUUCUUUUGGAAUUAGCAGAUACAUCAUUAGAGAAAGUUUUUUCUGAUCAAAAGGUGGCAUAUAAUUUGAAUUUUGUUCGACUAACUCUUAUGGAAAUAGCCAAUAUCAUGUCUUAUAUCCAUAAGCAAACACCAAAUCAUGAGUUUUAUAUUUAUCGAGAUUUAAAACCGGAUAAUAUUUUAAUAAAGAAUAAAAAAAUACUAUUAACAGACUUUAACUUAUCUAGAAAAAUCGAUGAAGAUUUCGAAUAUUUAAUGAGUCAGUGUUGUGGAACUAAAGGUCAUUUGGCUCCUGAACAAAAAAGUCUUGUUUAUGAUCAAAAAAUUGAUAUAUGGGCAUUUUCUAUUAUUAUAGCAAAAUUUUUAAAGCAUAAAAAUUUUAAUUACUUUUCUCAUGACAACUAUAAAGUCGAUUUAAAGCACUUUGAGAUUCAAGACAAAUUCCUGAUCAACCUGUUGCUCGUGUGUGUAGAUGAAAGUCCGUUUAUGAGGCCCUCCUUUUCGGAUAUAUUUAGGCUGCUAUUCGACGAGAUUGUCCGAAAUGAACUUGAAGAAUAUUAUAGAGAAAGAGCGUUGCACGAUUUUUAA